AUGAACGGCGAUUCAUUCACGGUUUAUCGACUUCAAAACGCAUUCAAGAUGGUAGCGAUGAAUAACCAAAAUCAACGUAUCCAACUCAAUCUACACAAGUACAAGACGGCUGGUGUUCAGCAGUUUGACAUCGAUAAGUCUUCAGACGAGGAGUUCGACGAUGACGAUCAAUCAUCUCUGUCGUCGAUCUCGGAAGAUGAUUUCUCGGAUUCGGAGUCAGGCAGCUAUCAGGACACAACAGUCUCGACCACGCCUUCGGAAGCGACGACUGAUGAGAUGCUGUGGGGAAGAAGACGUGCUCCAGUAUGUGGAAUCGCCGGUGCCGCUGCUCGUCGUCAACUGUUGGCCCGUGAAACCACCAAAGUGCUCGGGAACAAUAAGCAGGUCUUCCAAAGCUUUGUGCCGACUACACCAUCCAGUGGAGAUCGAGGAGCGGGUUCUUCGAGAGAGAUGUACUCGCAGAUUCGUCGUGGAGAUGGUACACAAUUCCGGCCCCGCGAGAAGUUUGUUCCACCAAGAAGACCACGUAUGGGUCAUGGAUCGUGUGAUUUGUCAGCUAUUGAGGAAAUGUCUCCGAUUCGUUCAAAUUACUCUAGCAGUAGUGAAGGUGGACAUCGCAUGUCGUUGCGUCAGCAAUCCGAGUGGAAGCCUCAACUCACAUCGACUACUACUUCUUUCCAGUCCAUGGCGGUAACUCCAAGAACUCCAUUGCCCGGCCACUUCAAGGCACCACUUUCUCCAGUUGCUAGCUCUACUCCACGCUCGGAACGUCUUUAUCGCAAGAAUCAGAAGCAAGGACGUCACCAGAGCUCUUCAUUGGCUCUUCUGGAUUCUCACAUGGAGGGAAGCUCGAGCAAGGACUCUUCAGAGAGAGCUAUCACUCCGGAUCCAUGGUUGGGAGAAGAUCAGGAGAACAAGAUGCCAAGUCCAGUGGUCGAAUCGCCGAGAGCAAAAUGUAAGCGUCCGGAGGAUUUUGGACUUGACAACGCCUAUGCCAAACACAAGGAUAUUCGUGGAAUCGUCUUUUUGAGCAUGGCUCUUCGUGGACGACGUCUUAUUCUGAAUGUCCAAGAUGCAUCAUUCUUCUGCAGCUCAUCUUCACGCUACGGAGUCUCAUCGUAUGUCACCGCUGUGCUAUAUCAUCGUCCGAGCAACAAAUCCUCGUCUCGCAAGUACAAUAGCCGACCGGAUCAGCACUACCGUACUCGUCUCAUCAAAGACAACAACAAUCCAAAGUUUGAUGAGAGUUUCCAAUUCUCGUUCGCCGAGAAUUGUGCUCGUGAUCAACUCAUUGUUACUGUCUACGAAAUUGACGUCAUGAAUGCCGAGAGAAAGAAAGUCCUCGGAUGUAUGACAUUCCCAGUCAGCCGCAUUCUCAAGAAGGCUAGUCAGAUGUUUGGCGACACUUUCCAACACCAUCACCGCCGUGAGCCAAUCGAAGAUGUUGAGGUCACCAAUGAGGGAUUCUUCCUUCUCAACAAGGAACAAGGAUUGAAGCAAAACUUUCCACAGAGAAAGGUGCGCCGUCAAACAUUCUACGAGGAUCCCGCGUUCACUGGCAUGUCUUCUUCUGCUGGCUCGUCAACAGUCUCCAAUCAUGGACAGAUGACCGCCACUGCACCACGUUUGUCAGUGCCCAAUGAGCUCACUAUGGGCGAGUACUAUCGAUCAUCGUCUAACGAUUUGCACAUGCGCUCUUCGAACAAUCUUCUGGACUACACUUCUGCCUCGUCGAGCACCAACGGAUCGGCAGAUCUUCCAGAGAAGCUCAAGUUGCACAGAGCCACUCUUCCAAGUAUCACCACUACAGCCAGCGAGAACAACUCGGACGAUGCAAAAAGUCUCAGCCCAGACAGAUCUCCAAAUGAUCACAACUUUUUGUGUCCAGAUGACAAUGGAGGAGUCUAUGGAGCCGGUCCAACACACAGUGCUAUCAAAAAAACCAACGUUCGCCGUGCCGCUUCGUUCACUUUCUCACCAAAGCAAUCAUCGUCGUCAAAAAGCAGCCUUCGUGAGGAAAAAAAACGUUUUCUAGUUUUUAAUUCACCCGGUCUUAAUAUUCCUAUCACUAUGUUAUCUUGUGCUCGUGUGUCUUCUUACGAUUUUCCAACUAGUAGAACGGCACUACCAAGACCAAGUCAUCAUGUGCGGUCUCGUUCAAGUGGACCAAUCUCUCGUACUCUCUCCUAUCUUCGCUCUAAAAUGGACUUGGCUCUCUCCACAUCGUCUCUCUAUCCAUCUCGUGAAGACGUUCGCCAGUGGGAGAAGUCUUUCGAUUCUUUGCUCAACAACAAAUUUGGCUGUGCGCUCUUCCGUCAGUUCUUGAAAAAGGAGUUUUCCGAUGAGAACAUGGACUUCUGGCUUGAGUGUGAGGAGUUCAAAAAAAUGAAGGACGGCAAGAAGUCCACCACACAGAAAGCCAUCGAAAUCUACAGCGAGUUUGUUGCCGAGCAUGCUCCAAAAGAGGUCAACCUCGACAGUGACACCCGUGCCGCCACCAGAGCUGCCGUUGAGGCGGGAUGCAAACCGGAUACCUUCGCAUUGGCUCAGAAUCGUGUCGAGCAACUCAUGUCCAAGGACUCGUACAGACGCUUCCUUCGCGACCGGCUCUUCUUGGAUCUGCUCGAAAGCUACGACACUGGAGACAACGGACCAUCCACUUCCAGCGCCCGUAACUAG